GACAGUAGCACAGGAUCCGAACGCGCCCCCACGACUCCCCACGCAAUCUCACUGCCACUGCAUCUUCUUCUUCAGUUCUUCUUCUUCUAAUCAUGCAUGUUCCCGAUCCUCUCCUCUCCUCCCCUACCUACAUAUAUAGCUGGCCGGUCGAUCCCAACCUCCAUAUCUUCCAUCCUGUGUGCUGCUUCGAUUCGAGACAUCAAGCAGCAGGGAAGCUAGCUAGCCUGUACAUUUAUAUUCGCUUCUGCUGCAGCAAAGUCACCAUCUGCCUAGCUAGCAGCUAGCUCCUCCUGCAGCUGCAGCUGCUGCGCGUAUAGCUUAGCUUAGUCAGCUGCAGGAAGGUAGAGUAGAGUAGUAGCCACUAGCACAGCCAUUGCUAGUGCGGCAACGCAAGCUCGCCGGCGACAAGAUCAUAUUAACCGGAAGAGAAAGCUAGCUGAGCUUGCUUGCUUGCGCGUGUAUCUAUCAAUCAAGGGUUGGUAGCUAGCUACAAAUCGAUAGCGUACAGCGGAUUACACAAGAGAAUGCAGCAGCGGCGGGGCGGCGGCGGCGUGCCGCGGCUGGCCAUGGCGGUGGCGGUGCUCGUGCUCGCCGCGUCGUCGGCGGGGCGAUGCCGAGCGCAGCUGGCGAGCGGCUACUACGCCGGCAAGUGCGUGAACGGCGGCGGCGGCAACUCGAGCGUGGCGGUGGACGUGGAGAGCAUCAUCCACGACGCCGUCCAGGCACGCCUCGCCUGGGACAAGCGGAUGGUCGCCGGCCUCCUCCACCUCAUCUUCCACGACUGCUUCGUCGCCGGGUGUGACGCGUCGAUACUGCUGGAUGGGCCAAACACGGAGAAGACGGCGCCGCAGAACAACGGCAUCUUCGGCUACGACCUCAUCGACGACAUCAAGGACACGCUCGAGAAGGCCUGCCCCGGCGUCGUCUCCUGCGCCGACAUCAUCGUCGCCGCGACCAGGGACGCCGUCGGCAUGUGUGGAGGGCCUCGGUACGAGGUGCAGCUGGGGAGGCUGGACGGGACGGUGUCGCAGGCGUGGAUGGCGGCGGACCUGCCGGGCCCCGACGUCGACAUCCCCACCGCCAUCGACAUGUUCGCCAAGAAGGGCCUCAACAGCUUCGACAUGGCCAUCCUCAUGGGGGCUCACACGGUGGGGGUGACACACUGCUCGGUGAUAAAGGACCGGCUGUACAACUUCAACGGCACCGGCGAGGCGGACCCGUCGAUGGACCCGAUAUACGUGUGGAUCCUGACGACGUUCGCGUGCCCAAAGAGCCAGGCCUUCGACAACAUCGUCUACCUGGACGACCCCUCCAGCAUCCUCACCGUCGACAAGAGCUACUACUCCCAGAUCCUCCACCGCCGCGGCGUCCUCGCCGUCGACCAGAAGCUCGGCGACCACGCCGCCACCGCCUGGAUGGUCAACUUCCUCGGCACCACCGACUUCUUCUCCUCCAUGUUCCCCUACGCCCUCAACAAGCUCGCCGCCGUCGACGUCAAGACCGGCGCCGCCGGCGAGAUCAGGGCUAACUGCCGGAGGACCAAUUAACUAGCUAGGAGCAUGAUGCCCAAGUGCUAUAGUUAAUUAAUUAGAACAUCCAUCAAAGAAACAAACAGAUUUAAAGAGAGAGAGAUCGUAGUAUAUGAGCACAUCCAGCCAGAGCAUAUAUGCACAUUCAUUCUUUUCUUUUGCCCUCCUGAUCUUGUCAAUGAUUGCAUCCAUGAUUCUACUAUACAUUAGUAGUUGAUUUCAGUAAAGAUUUUAGCAAAUUAAUUUACUGGAGCUUAGCUAGUAGCACUUUAGUAAUUUAGUAGUGUUUUCCUUCUCUACUUCACUAGAAGUACCUUGUGAGUUGUACUUGAUCACUGCCUUGAGAUUCUUUUUGUUUUGUACGUGGCUCGUAUAAAAAUAAAGACACUCCAUGAUACAAGAGCAGCGGUACUCUUACUCAAUAAUAAUAUAUUUAUGAAUGAAGAUAA